CAUGUGUGGAGCUAAGCACCUCUGACACCGACAGGUGUCCAGUCACAGCUGCUUGGGCCAUGGCUGCAAAGAGAAGUCCAGUGCAUGGCUCGGUCAGAGUCGUCAGACUCAUGGCCGGGCAGCUCUAGUAGCCGUCCAUGGCGGGGUUUGCAGCAGCAAAGGCCACGCACAGGGAGUACGGAGCUAGUAGUAGUACUGAGGGUGAGGGAGUCUUCCUUUGUGAUUGCUCAACGGCAGUGGGCACUGUGAAGGGCAGUCUCAAGGUGCAGAAGCCUGGAAAGGUUGGGUCCUUGCAUGCCAAUGUCCGCUGGUCCAUUUGGCAUGUAUUUCCCGGCGCCCCAGUUUGCUGCCUCCCCACUUCCUCCAAGCUGACCAAUGCAUCUUGAAACCUAUGAGAGCAAACCUCCGAACAAUGUGGCCGCUUGAUCACGCGCGCAUCUGAAGUAGCAAGUAGACAAUAGGAAACCAGGAUGAUGGCUACGCUCGGUGGAUUUAGCAGAGACGCGUAGUGGCCGGAACGAGGGUUGCGGUGAGCCAAUGCCCCGCGGCAGCCCCCCGUCUGACGGGGCGUCCUCAAGCAGUGUUUCCCUGGCGGGCUGGGCCGGUAUUUGGGUGGGCGUUCUCGUGCUAGCCAUGGUGGGCCUCGGGUGCGUGUUCUUCCGGAGGCGCAGAAGGAGGGGUGCGCGCCAGGCUGUGGCUCACCACCCCCCCGCGCUCCUCCCUGCUGUGGCGCCUGCCGCUCUCUUGACAGGCCCAUCGGAGGGGUCCGAGGUGGUCAUUGAUGUGGAUGCCCCUGCCGCGGGCAGCCCCGAGACGCUGCUGUCGAUUGAGGAAGUCUUGGCGCGCGAGAAGGAGCUCUCUGAGGAGCGCCUCUUCCAGCUCAAAAGGGACUGGCUUCUCAGGGAGAUCACUGCGCGCGCCGCUAAGCAGGACGUUGGGCCUGAGCGGCGAGCCAUAAUUGGCAAGAACGGCAAGAAAGUGCUGCCAAUUACAGUCAGCAGGGAGCGAGUCUUCCAAGACUCAUACGCGCAGUUUGCGUGGGUGACGGAUGCGGACCUCAAGCUGCCCGUAAGCGUGCACUUCCAGAACGAGGCUGGGCGCGACGAGGGCGGCGUGACGCGCGACUGGUACAGCGUGCUGAGCCGCCAAAUGUUUAACGAGGAUUACGGCCUCUUCACCGCCUCCGCCUCCGACGACGGCACCUUCCAGGUCAACCCCAACUCGGGGGUCAACCCCGACCACCUUGACUUCUUCAGGUUCGUGGGCACGAUUGCCGGGAAGGCCGUUGCGGACGGGUGCUUGCUAGGGGUGCACUUCACGCGGCUGUUCUACAAGCGGGUGCUGGGCCGGCCCGUCACCUACCACGACAUGGCCAGCCACGACGUCCAGUUCUACAAGUCGCUCUGCUGGGUGAUUGAGAACGACCUGUCGGAGCAGGACCUGGGGUUGACGUUCAGCGUGGAGCGCGAGGCGUUUGGCGCGUACGAGGAGGUGGAGCUGAAGCCGGGGGGCCAGGACAUGCCCGUCACGCAGGACAACAAGCGCGAGUACGUCGACCUCCUCGCAGAGUGGCGCCUCAAAGACUCGGUGGAGCCCCAGAUGGCGGCGUUGCGCGGCGGGCUGUCGCGCGUGGUGGCGCUGGAGCUGCUGCACCCGUUCGACGAGUGCGAGCUGGAGUGGCUGGUGGGCGGCCUGCCGCACCUGGACCUCGGCGACUGGCGCGCGCACACCGUGUACAAGGCCGGCUACACCGACCAGGUCGCCAUCAUCAUCUGGUUCUGGCAGCUGGUGGAGUCGUGGGACGAGGCAAUGCGCGCUCGGCUGCUGCAGUUCGUGACGGGCACGAGCAAGGUGCCGUAUCCGGAGGGCUUUGCGGGGCUACGCGGCAGUGACGGCCUGCGGGCCUUCCACAUCGUGCGCGUCUCCGACAUUACGCGCCUCCCGCAGGCACACACCUGCUACAACGAGCUGCUGCUUCCCGACUACGACACGUUUGAGGACCUGAAGCGGUCCCUCGUCACCGCCAUUUUUGAAACAGGCAACCAGUUCCUGCUCAGGUGAUGGCGCGGGCCGGCACAAGCGAUGGGACGCCGUGUUUGUCAAAAACAGCUUGCUUUGUGUACAAAUGGCAGAGCUCGGAACUUGUAUUCGACAGUAUUAUAGAUGUACAUUAGAGAGUCGGGCAGUAGCGCCGCACAUAGCAUAUAAGACGCAGAGCAAGUUUCGCGGACGGACAGGACAAACAAUCAAUGAUUGCGGGUAUAGGGACAAGCGGUACUAAAUGCGAUGAUUGGAGGGUCGGCAGCAUAAUCAGGUCUUUGAGGACGCUGUGCCACUUGAGCACUAAGCUCAACAAGUCACGGGUGUUGUAGUUCUUUCAAGCUUUGCGGUGUUUAGCAGUGAGUUGACGUCCAUGUAUGGUAAUUUCCAAUUUAUAACAUGUUAUGAAUGCAGC